GCAUCCUAAACAACCCCCCUGUAGUAAACAUGAAGGGCACUAGAUAGUGCACAUGUGUAGGGAGUAAGAAACUGUUUGGGAUGUAAUCAAGCCGUCGUGACUCUUGGACGCUUGAAGCCAAAAGAGUAACAAGGAUGGCAGAAGGCUUUCUGAUGGAGGUAUGUGUGGAUUCAGUCGAGUCGGCAAUAAACGCAGAAAGGGGAGGUGCUGGCCGUAUCGAGCUGUGCUCCAGCCUUAUUGAAGGUGGCAUCACACCCAGUGUCGGUCUGCUGCAGGUGGUCAAGGAGAACGUGCAGAUCCCUGUGUAUGUGAUGAUCCGACCUCGAGGAGGUGACUUCCUCUAUUCCGAGCGUGAGGUGGAAGUGAUGAGGAGGGACAUAGAGCUGCUGAAGAGACACCGAGCUGACGGUUUUGUGCUGGGGGCACUGACCGAGGAUGGACGUGUCGAUGCCGAGCUUUGCAUGGAACUGCUGGCUACCUGCAGGCCUUUGCCAGUUACAUUUCAUAGAGCAUUCGAUAUGGUUCACGAUCCAGCUGUUGCUGUAGAAACCCUGAUCUCCCUUGGCUUCGAGAGGAUCUUGACAAGUGGAUGCGACAGCUCAGCUUUGGAAGGUUUACCCGUCCUUAAACGCCUCGUGGAACAGGCAAAAGGCCGGAUAAUUAUAAUGCCAGGUGGAGGCAUCACCGAGCGUAACCUGCAGAGGAUACUCGAAGGCUCCGGUGCUCAGGAGUUCCACUGCUCGGCACGUUCCACUAAAGACUCGGCCAUGAAAUUCAGGAACUCCAGUGUGAGCAUGGGAGCCUCCCUCACAGCACCCGAGUACUCGCUUAAGGUUGCCGACGUAGGCAAAGUGCGCACUCUUAAUGCCAUUGCCAAGAAUACACUCUAGUGGCACUAUGAAACGGGCUGGGCUCUUUUUAGGGAGCAGGUCCUCCUUGAACUGGAGACAGUCCCUAUGUCUGUUGUACUAUUUCAAUUCAGCAGGUCAUCAUUGAACCGAGUUUUGUCUUUCAGUUUAGACCAAAGUAACCAUGAGCCAAGAUGCCCCUAAAACUUGUAAUAAAAACCUUUAUUUUUGA